ACACACCUCACACACACACACCCCACGCCCUGUGCUCAGGCCGGCUCCGAGGUCCCGCAGGUUGCCCGACAGGAGGCCGAGAGAUGGUGCCCAGCCGCAGUGGGCAAAGGCCAGAUGGGCCUCGCUUAAUCUACGUGACCCGCUUCGCCUCGCACCGCCAUGGCGUGUGGCAGCUGAGGGGUCUCCGAGGUUUCGGCCAUCGAGGCCCAGGGCUCGGGGCCCGCUGUGCCUCAAAGCAAGCAGCGGUGGAGCCCGGGGCCCGGGGAGGAGAGCGGCCCACUGGCUCCCAGGCCGGGGUCACUGACACCCCGGAUUCCGCCCCUUUCCAGCGGAGGUCGAGAGCGCCCAGGGCCCGGGAGCAAGCAGCGCAAGCAGGUUUAAACCAGAAAAAUGCAGCUAAAGAGUUUGAUUUUCCCAUUCCACUGAAUGAAGCCUCCAAGCUAAUGAAGGAGAGGAAAAAGGCCUCUGUGUGGAGCAAAGUACAGCAAGUCAUUUCCAGAAUGAUUGCAGAGAACGAGAGUUACAGACGCAGACUGCAGUGCCAGCGUGUAUCUAGUGAAAUUCGAGUUGCUGCAAGAUAAAUGUGAAUCUUCCUGCCUUCUCUGCUUGAGGAAGAGUUGGUGACAGAGAUAGGGGAGCCUGACACCUUCCUGGGUCUCGAUCAAGAAGCUGUUUUUCUGUAGACUUCUGGGACAUGCUUUGCUUCAGUCCACACCAUGUUCACACAGGAAGAGACAACUCUCACCAACUCCCCAACUGCUGAUGUCUCAACUGGACAAGAACCUGAUGCACAGCAUCAUUGAGAAGUCCUCACAGAGCUGUUAGAAAAUGCAAAUAUGCAAAGUUCUCAUGAAGGUGGUAAUGUCUGUACAAUUUGUGGGUUUUUUUCUUUCCAAGCUACAACUUCAUCCCUUCAUGAGAUUCAACAACUUUGGUUUUGUGAUUGUAUGUUCUUUAAAUGACUAGUAAAUUCACCUGUUUCCUGUUGAUGGACACAUGUCACCUAGGCAAAAGGCCUAGGCCUUGCAUAUGAGAUCCACAGUUUCUCCCCACAGGCUUAUCCAACAUCUUUGGACAACGCUAAGUCAAGUUUCACAUUGCUAUAUCCCUCAAUAAAGUUUCAAAUGUUAGUUUAUACAAGUUAAAUCUACUACCAAAUGGAAGAUGUUUAUAAACCUAACUGCAUAAAAGUUUGUGGAGAGUGUAGACAAAGAUUUUUAGCUAUGUUUAGGUUUGUGUGAGCUGCUGACUCUAUGGAAACAAAGCCUGUUUUAUCAGCUCUGUUAGUAUGUAUGCAUUUCACUGUCACGUGAGUGUCACGCUGGAGACAAAGUGUCCUACUGUUCUAGAACCAUGCAGCUCUAAAGACUUCCAUGGAAAUGAAUGUUCUAAAUGUUUUAUUUAUUGUUUAAUAAUUUCUAGUGAAAUAUAUCUGUUUUGUUGAACAGAAAAAUACAAUGUGAAUUUCCUCCUCAGAUAUUGAACAGCAGAUGUGAUGCCAUGAUUUAUCCACCGUUUCAGAUUCCUAUCAGGACCUGAUACACUCUUCAUGAGAACCUGAGACGGUUUCAAGUCAGAGGCAUAUCUAUUGGAGCUGUGGACAUUUCACAUUUCCUUCUUCUCUUCAUCUCAUCCUCUUCAGUCUUUCCACUGGUCUGUGCCAGAGGAAUUUGCCCAGUAAUUCUAUUAGUCCUGAUUUGUCUUUUUCUUUGCUUAAAUCAGUUUUAUUUUAGCCCAAUAGUCUGUUCUUGUGGCAGUGCAUUCUGAGAAAUGUACCACAGAUGAUUCUGACAUCUUAUGAGUAUCAUAGAGUACGCUCACACAAAGCUAAGUGGCCUGAGUCAUCACUGAGCAUGGCUCCAACUGCAGCAAGGGUGACAAUAAACACAAGGCAUGAGAGCCUGCUGCCUCUGUAAUGGGGCAUUCUGCUUUAAACUAAAAGCUUUUCUAUACAUAAAGGUAAUGUACAUUAGUGAUGAAAACAGUAUGUUGACUAGAUAAAGCAGUAAUGUGUUAU